AUGGGUGCACAAAAAUUAAAAGCAGACCAUACAACAACAUCAAAAUCAAUAUCCUCAUCCAACAUUCGUCAACCAAGACAACGAAUGGCUCAAAAUUACCUUCUCCUAUGGGUAGAUACCAGCAUCGACCAAACAAACAAAGAUUAUGAAAAUACAUUAAAACAAAUACAAACUAUUACUGGUGAUGUCAAUGUCUUCAAGGAAAAAGAUGCAUGCAUUGACUUUCUUACAGAUACUCAAAAAGACAUCAAGUCAUUUCUCAUUGUCAAAGAUACUAUGUGUCAACAAAUAAUGCCCCUCAUUAAUGAUAUUCCUCAGCUGCAUGGUGUUUAUAUCUUGGAUAAUAUUAAAAUCCUACAUGAAGAAUGGACACAAAACUGGGCAAAAGUUAAAGGUAUACAUACAAAUAUCGAACAGAUCUGUCGAAGAUUACAAUCAGAUAUUAUACAAUAUCAUCACGACUCGAUAGCCAUGAGUUUUAUCACGGCCAAUGAAAUGGCUUCAACAGAUAAUUUAAAUCAGUUAGAGCCUACUUUUAUGUAUACUCAAAUAUUCAAGGAAAUUCUUCUUGAUAUGAAACAUGAUGAACAGGCGAUCAAACAGUUUACAGCUUAUUGUCGGCAUCAUGACUGCGGAUCGGCAAAGAAUAUCGAGGAAUUGGAAAAAAAAUACCAGCCUCGAUCAGCUAUUUGGUGGUACACUUGUCCAUCAUUUAUAUAUUCUAUGCUGAAUUAUGCUCUACGCUCUAUGGAAGGCGAUACCAUUAUUAAUAUGGGUUUUUUCAUUCAUGAUCUUCACCAACAGAUCCAACAACUAUACCAACAACAGGUUAAUAGUUAUCAUGGCAAACCUUUUUUAGUGUAUCGGGGACAAGGUCUUAUGCAAUCAGACUUUAAAAAACUUCAAAAAGCAAAAGGUGGACUUAUGUCAUUUAACAAUUUCUUGUCCACCAGUAAAGAUAAAGAAGUGUCCAUCUAUUAUGCUCGAGGUGCUUCAACAGAACCGGGGAAAGUAGGCCUUCUAUUUAUAAUGUCAAUUGAUCCUUAUAUUAAAUCACCACCAUUUGCUUCCAUAAAUGAAGAGAGUUAUUUUACGGAAGAAGAAGAAAUUCUCUUCUCAAUGCACACUGUCUUCCGAGUGGGUGCAAUAGAACACAUGGACAAUAUGAAUCAACUUUAUCAAGUCGAAUUACAAUUAACGUCGGAUGAUGACCAACAAUUACGAUUACUUACUGAUCGGAUACGAGAAGAAGCUGGUGGUGGUAAUGGAUGGGAGAGAUUGGGCAAUUUAUUGCUUAGAAUCGGUCAAUUUAAUAAGGCUGAAGAACUUUAUAACGUAUUACUCGAACAAACAUCUAAUGAAGAUGAAAAAGCGUUUUAUUACAAUCAGCUUGGAUUAGUGCACUCGAAUCAAGGUGACUAUGCAAAAGCUAUUUCGUAUGCCAAACAAGGACUUGAAAUUCAACAAAAAACUCUUCCGUCAAAUCACCCUAAUUUGGCUACUACAUACGGCAACAUCGGCAGUGUGUACGACUAUAUGGGAGAGUACUCGAAAGCACUUUCGUUUUACGAAAAAGAUCUUGAAAUCUGUCAAAACAGUCUUCCAUCAAAUCAUCCUAAUUUGGCUACUUCAUACAAUAACAUCGGUUUGGUGUAUUACCAUAUGGGAGAGUACUCAAAAGCACUUUCAUUUUAUGAAAAAGCACUUGAAAUUAAACGAAAAACUCUUCCUUCAAAUCAUCCUUCAUUGGCUAUUUCAUAUAACAACAUCGGUAGUAUGUAUAAAAACAUGGGAGAGUAUUCGAAAGCACUUUCAUCGCAUGAAAAAGCACUUGAAAUCUAUCAAAAAACUCUUCCUUCAAAUCACCCUGAUUUGGCUAUCUCGUAUAAUAAUAUUGGUAGCGUGUAUUAUAAUAUGGGAGAGUAUUCUAAAGCACUUUCAUCUCACGAACAAGCACUUGAAAUCUGUGAAAAAACUCUUCCUGCAAAUCAUCCUGAUUUGGCAACCUCAUUCAACAACAUCGGUGGUGUAUACGAUAGCAUGGAAGAGUACUCGAAAGCACUUACGUUUUAUGAAAAAGGCUUUGAAAUUAAACAAAAAACUCUUCCGUCAAAUCAUCCUGAUUUGGCUACCUCAUACAACAACAUUGGAAGUGUGUAUAAAAAUAUGAGAGAAUAUUCGAAAGCACUUACAUUUUACGAAAAAGAUCUUGAAAUCUGCGAAAAAACUCUUCCAUCAAAUCAUCCUUCAUUGGCUACUUCAUACGGUAACAUUGGUAGCGUUUAUUACAGCAUGGGAGAGGACUCGAAAGCACUUUCAUUUUAUGAAAAAGCACUUGAAAUUCGACAAAAAACUCUCCCUUCAAAUCAUCCUUCGUUGGGUACUUCAUACAGUAAUAUCGGUAGUGUGUAUCACAAUAUGGGAGAGUAUUCGAAAGCACUUUCAUUUUACGAAAAAGACCUUGAAAUCUGUCACCAAACUCUUCGUUACUAUCAUCCUGAUUUGGCUACUUUAUACAAUAACAUCGGUUCGGUUUAUUACAGUAUCGGAGAGUACGCUAAAGCGCUUUCGUUUUGUGAAAAAGCAAUUGAAAUUCAACAAAAAACUCUACCCUUAAAUCAUCCUUCAUUGGCUAUUUCAUACAACAACGUUGGUUUGGUGUAUUCCAAGAUGGGAGAGUACUCAAAAUCACUACCAUUUUACAAAAAAGCACUGGAAAUCUAUCAAAAAACUCUUCUUUCAAAACGUUCUCAUUUGAGUACUUCUUACACCAAGACUGAUCGAAUUUUUAGAAAUAUGAAAGACUAUUCGAAAGCACUUUCAAAUUAUGAACGUGUUCCAGAUAUCAGACAACGUGCAUUACUUCGAACUCAUCCUCUUAUUAAAGAUGUGACAGAGAGUAUUGAAAUUGUAAAAAAGAAAUUAUAG